UUUAUUUUGUGUGCGGGGCGUACGCGACAGCGUGUAAUACCUUUGGAGGCAAAAGAAUGAGAGAAAAAAAAUCAAUUAAAAUAUAAUAAAAUCGACACGCAUAAAAAGUAAUAUUUAUAUUUAAUAAAGGGAACUGAUAUGGCCAGUCCGAGUACAGGGGGUUCUGAUCUCGACGGAGGAGGAGGAGGAGAAGGGAAGUCGCAGACCCGGACAGCCGGAGAUGAGAGAUUAGCCUCGGCUGCACUACAGGAAGAACCGCCGCCGACCCCACGCAGCACGGCGGUCCUGUCUCUGCAGCAGCACCGCCGUAUGGUCUGCGCCGAGUACCCGUGCCGGGUGCUGAAUGUGGGGAAGAUGCUGGAGACCCUCGGCGGCGAGGAAGGGGUGUCCAGAACCUACGCCGAUCCCUCCAAGCGCCUGGAGCUGUACUUCCGCCCGCGGGACCCCUACUGUCACCCCGUGUGUGGGAAUCGCUUCCCCUCCACCAGCAUGCUGCUGCGAGUCCGGAGACGAGUCCCCAAACCCCGGGGCCAGGGCGACGCAGCGUCCCCUGCAGGAGACGCCGCGCAGCAGAGCCAGAUUCACAUGCAGAUACUGGGGGUAAUCUGCACCACAUACAAGUUUCAAGGGCUGGCUGAUUUCCAGUACCUGGCUGUGCACACAGGAGCCGAGGGCACACAGAGAUCAUUGUACAAUAAGAUAAUGCUGCGGCGCCCGGAGAAGAAAGAGUUCUUCGAUCAAGAAAUGCCUCUGUACAUCCCUCCACCCAUCUUCUCACGUCUCGAUAACCCUGUCGACUAUUUCUACCGGCCAGAUAUCCAGCACAGGGAAGGGUACCUGCCCCCCCAGCUGUCCAGUGAGAAUCUGAUUGGCUUGAGCCGUGCCCGGCGCCCCCACAACGCAAUCUUUGUGAAUUUCGAGGAUAAGGCGGUCCCGACCGAGGCCCUGGAGGCUGCCGUGCUGAACUGGAAACGUGUCUCAAGCCACCCGAACGAGCAGCGGAGUGAGGAGGAGCUGCGGCAGCUGUUUCAGUUACGGCCCGUCUGGUCCCGGAACGCGGUGAAGGCAAACCUGGAGAUCCACCCGGAGAAACUGAAGCUGCUGCUGCCUUACGUUGCCUACUACAUGCUUACCGGCCCCUGGAGGAGUCUGUGGGUCCGGUUCGGCUAUGACCCCAGGAAGGACCCCGAGGCAAAGGCAUACCAGGUCUUGGAUUUCAGGAUCCGUUGCGGAAUGAAACAUGGCUACACCCCGAACGACAUGCCAGUGAAGGCUAAGAGGAGCACCUACAAUUACAGCCUGCCCAUCACCAUCAAGAAAGCAGUGCCGCAGCCAGCCAGCUUGCAGGAGUUCACCCAGGGGCUGACCAGCUCCAGCACGGCCAGCGGCAGGAAGCCCGCCCCCGCCAGGUACAAACUCAAAGAGUCGGUGUAUGUUUUCCGUGAGGCGACCCUGCCUCCCUACAGACAGAUGUUUUACCAGCUGUGUGAUCUGAAGGUGGAAAGGCUGACGAAGAUCGUCCAUCGCAACGACGGCGAGGAGUCUGAGUGCACGGAGCGGGACGGCUGGUGCCUGCCCAAGACCAACGACGAGCUGCGAGACAUCAUGUCCAGCAUGAUCAAGCAGAUCAUCCGCUCCAAGAGACCAGCUCUGUUCCCCACCAAGACCAAGUCAUCGGGUAAAGAGAGGGGGCUGCUGGAGCUGGAGAGUGGAGAGGAGGAGGAGGAGGAAGACGAGGAGGAAGAGGAGGAGUUCCAGCCCUCGGAGGGGAGCGAGAACGAGAUGGAGACUGAAAUCCUGGAUUACAUGUGACCCCCCCCCCCCCCCCCCCCC